AAAAAAUCUUUAACCCGGAAGUGAAAGUUGGACUGAAGUAAACUCGAAUGUUUAUCAAAAAGGAGGCGUGAAUUUUUACAAAUGCGUAAUGAAUUUAAGCAGCACAAACACCUAUGGAAAUGGUCUAUUAUAUGCAGGAUGGAAUCAGGACCAAGGAUGUUUUGCAUGUGGUAUGGAGACUGGCUUUAGAGUGUAUAAUUCUGACCCAUUGAAGGAGAAAGAAAGACAGGAUUUUACAGAUGGGGGUAUUGGUCAUAUUGAAAUGUUGUUCAGAUGUAAUUACCUAGCUUUGGUAGGUGGUGGAAAGAAUCCAAGAUACCCUCCAAACAAAGUGAUGGUUUGGGAUGAUUUAAAGAAGAAACAUGUUAUAGAGCUGGAGUUCUCUACUGAAGUCAAAAGUGUUAGAUUAAGGAGAGACAGAAUUGUAGUGGUGCUAGAUACAAUGAUCAAAGUUUAUACAUUUACACAAAAUCCUCAACAGCUACAUGUGUUUGAAACCUGUCAGAAUACUAGAGGUUUAUGUGUCAUGUGUCCAAACAGUAAUAACUCCCUGCUCACAUUCCCUGGCCGUAAAAUGGGUCAUGUACAAGUAGUAGAUCUAGCAAACACGGAGAAAUCACCUUUAGAUAUAGACGCGCACGAGGCCUCUUUAAGCUGUAUGGCUCUCAAUCUUCAGGGAACAAGAAUUGCAACGUCAUCAGAAAAGGGCACAUUAAUUCGAGUAUUUGACACUAGUAAUGGUCAGCAGCUCCAUGAGUUGAGAAGGGGAGCUAAUCAUGCAAAUAUUUAUUGUAUAAAUUUUAAUCAGGAUUCCACGCUACUGUGUGUGUCCAGUGAUCAUGGAACUGUUCAUAUAUUUUCAACAGAAGAUGCAAAAAAGAACAAACAGUCAAGUUUAGCAGGGGCUGGUUUCCUACCUAAAUACUUCAGUUCAAAAUGGAGUUUCUGUAAGUUCCAGGUACCAGGGGGUGCUCACUGUAUGUGUGCCUUUGGGUCAGAUAGUAAUUCUGUGAUAGAUACAAAAUCAGUAGUUGUUGUGUGUGCAGAUGGCAGUUAUUAUAAGUUUGUGUUCAACCAGAAAGGAGAGUGUACACGAGAUGUAUACUCGCAGUUCCUAGAAAUGACGGAUGAUAGAUCAUAGUUAGCUGUAGGGAUGACAGACAACACACUCGCAUAGUUCCAUACAGUGACAUCAUUCAUUACAUCAUAAUGGAUACAGCCUUGUCACACCUUAAACAUAAAUUAAUACUGUUGAGUUAAGGUGUCCAGAACUCAGAAUUUCUAAAAUCUGAAAUUAGUGACACAGAAAUAAACAAUUAUAAUUGUUUAUUUUUUAGGUUUAAUUAUAGAAUGAAAAUUGACUUUGAUCCAAAGUUAAUUUUAGAAUUAAAUCAAGCUUUUAGGUCCAAAGAACUUACAAUAUGGAAAUUUGAAAAAGAAAAAAGCUAUUACAUUAACUACUUGUCAAUAUUUUACAUUCUUCAACAAAAUGUCUUCUGAAAAAAACUUUUCUUCUAGAAAAUACUUUUAAGACGGAUAUACGAAGAGACUUUAAAGAAUUGUGCAAUGUUCAAAUUCAAAUUGUGACAAGCUAACCUUCGGUCUGCCAUAUUUUUGUGUUUGUAAAUUAAGGAAUUGUCCAUUAUCAUUUAAGGCACUUUAAUUUCAAAAAAUAUGAAAACGAAGGCACCAACAACCUUAAGUCUUGCCAGAUUGCAUGUACUAGUAUAUAUAAGCUGGUCUGGCAAGGAACUUGUUGCAAGUAUCUGCUAUUUUCAGCUGGUGUUAAACCCUUGCCCUUUUGAAUAUCUUGAUUGGCUUGUUCAGCUUCCGUCUUUUUGGAACCGUACAUAAUCAGUUAAGAUUAUAUGUAUAUUAAAAUUUGAAGCUUGUCAGCUAAGAGUAUAGAACCUUGUCAGACGGCACAGAUGUACUGACUGGUCUGGUUCUAUACUUGUAGCAAAGACUUAGCACUUUCUGUUCCAGCAAGGUGAAGGUUAAAAAAUUUUAAGUGUUCUGUUCCAUUAAUAUUUGAUUUUUUUUUUUUUUUUUUUUUUUUUCAUUUUCCUAACAAACUUACAUCUGUUAUCAGUAUUGACUAUUCUCUAUCAGUAUGAUUGUCAAUAAUUAUUCUUAAUUGUUAACAAUGAUAUUGUGAAUGAAUGGACUGCCUAAACUUAUAGAGAAUUAAAAUCAAAAUCCAUAUUGCAUUUGACAUAUAUAGUUUUUUUUCGCAUCUUAUAAUUGUACAUGUAUCUUUAUUGUUUUUCAUUUUCAUCAUUUUGUUAAGGAGGCGGUUGAUUCUUUGGAUGGUGUUUUACCUGAGUUUGAGCAAUGAAUAUGCCCAGUUAUUAAAUUGGAACAGUCUAUUUCUUGUUUAAGGGCUUUUGAUAUUAAAAAAAAAAUACAAAAAUUGAGCUACCAACAGUAUAGAGCCCGGCAAAGGCUAAGUCAGUUUUGGUUCCAGCUUGUUAAGGGUGAAAGGUAUACUAUUUACCUGCACAAGAUCAGUAAUUCAUUAAGAUUUCUGAAAUUCUUAUUUAGAUUGUUCAAAUUCUUUCCAAAAGGCUCCUAAUAAGGUUGAAGGUGAUAACUAAUAAACCUUAAUAUACUCGAAGACAGAUUUUGUUUUGUAAAUAAGAAGAUAAUGUGCUAAGUUAAGUUAUUAACCCACACUUACAUUUCAGUAGGGACAAUGUGUUAUUUUAUUUCGGUAUAUGCAGUUUGUCCGUUCAAGUUGUCACCCUAACUUUCUAUUCCGAUAGUGGCAUUGUUUAUUGGUAUAUGGUAUAAAGAUAACUUGCAUGGACCCCGUACCAUCAAGUGAGGUUAAAGGCUAAUAGGGUAAAGGUCAUGAAGACUUAGAAUACUAUGAUUUUCUUUAUAGUUAAGCGAUGUGUUUUUAACUUAGUCAAAGCUGUGUCAGGGAGCAUUUUUAUCAGAAUAUCUGAAAUUCUAAUUGUUUCAAGACAUAUUAGGAAAGAUGGCAGAAAUUUAUUUGUUGUUCUGUAUAUAGUAAUUUAUUACUCAACCUAAAAUAUUACAAGUUUUGUAAGUCUAUAAAAAAAAGUUAUGUACAUUGUUAUUGGAAAAAGGAAAUUGUACUUUGUAUGUGAUGUAAAUAUUUGUUAGAUUUCAAGUGCUUUAUCUAAUUUUUAUUUGAUUAUUUAUUGUAAAUAAAAUUUGAUGGAUACUAGCAUUUUGUUGUAAGUCGAGUUUAAAAGUUCUGAGUGCUAUGGCUAUUUUGAUGAGGUUUAUUUUAGCUUAUUCCUGACUGUUUACUUAACGUAAAUGAGAUUAGUAGGCCAUUGUAUCAAAGUAACAAGGCUUUGCCACUGCAUUGAUCAAUAGAUCAGAUCUCAUACAUGUAUAUAUUUUUUCCUGUAUGAUUGGCCGUCUGCAUACACCUAAAACCUAUGUCUCUUUACUGUUACCUAUAGCAUUUAAAUUCAAACAAAAUAUACCUGUUAUGACAUGAAUGACCUUUAACUGACCUUGACCUUUUGAGGUCAAUUUUUGAAAUUUCCUAAAAAAACACCAUAUUUCUUUUAUAAAACUAAUUUUGUUGUUUUAGAACAUGUUUUGUGAAGGCAUUGUUUCCAGUUUUAUACAUUUUGUUUUGUUUAUUUUGUUUUGGAAACUGUCGAUAAAUGUUUAAAUGAACCUGAUAUAGCACUGUUUAAUAAGGUUGUUGAUUUUAUAUUGAAUUAUGAAGGUUGCAAAUUAUUUUUGAUAUAAACUAGUUCUUUAAGUUUCCUUUAAAGCACUAUGCCUCCAGAUUCUUGCUAAAGUAAAGGGACUCCAGUGAAGUUUUAUGAUAUGAAUGGAAUUUUUUUUUUCAAGAUGUGUAUAUCAUUUGAUAAAGGGUCUGGACAUGCAGAAUUUCAGAUCAUUCUCCAAAAUAAUCAUUUUAUUUGUGAGAAAUGAUAGGAAAAUAAAAAGUGUUUAAAUGCCUUUUACUUGGGACUGAGAAUUGCACAAAAA